AUUUCUGUCGUACGGGUGUUGCUGUCAACGAAGCCGUAGGGCCGCCGAGGAAAAUAGCGAAAACGCGGCCGCCAAGUACAAAAAAUCCCGCGACACAGUCCUUCGCUUCUCUGUGGCCGCUCUGUGGGAGCAGCGCGCACCGUCGUUGUCGUCCGUGUGUGGUGCACAAUCCGCGAGGGCUCCUCCCGUUUACACCGCCACAACAGAGCGGAUUGAGCGGAGCAAUCGAGCGGCGGAAUCGCGGCGGAAUCCACCUCGGUACAGCCGGAGACAGCUACAACCCGCGCUCAGAGGCCCCCCGGAGUGAGGUCCUCGAUCGCUGGAGCACGAGACGCGCGCAACCACCCACAACCUGCCUUGUGGGGAAGUGCAAAGGGCCAGCGCCUAGUAAAACGGGACGCGUGCGCGUCCGCCCGCCACCCCGGCCCCGGCCACCCACCGAAAGGGUGAAAGUGUGUGCGAGAGUGUUCUGUGCGUCCGCUAGUGUGCAUCCACCCGCCGCGUGUGUAUGUGUGGUUGUGUGCGCGCGCGCGCGCGCCUGGUGUUUUGGUGCGGUAAAUGCUGUCGGCAGUGUGUACGGUGUGUAUGUGUGUAGCAAGGGAGUUGGGAGCUGGGAAAAGGAGACGUGGAAAAUCGUGGUGAACAGUUAAGGAGCGGCCCGCAUCACUCGCACACACAUACAUACACCCAUACACAAAACGUAGCCGCAGCCGCAGCGGAAGUGAGAUCAAGGGUGUAAAGGCCGGGCAGUCGCGACACCCCCUGCCACCGCCGCUCCUUCGUAUCCGGAGAUUCCGGUGUGGCCACAUAUCUCGCCAUCAUCACCACAGCAUCGACGCCGCCGUCGCCAUCAACCCGUUCCGGCAUCGCCCAAUCAUCAGCCGCGCGGGUGCGCGCGCGCGCCCAUCAACCACCACCUUUUCCGCGUGGAGAUAAGCCGUGUGCGUGUUUGUGGGUGGGUGGAAUCGUGUACCGCCCCCCCCCCCCCCGCGUACCCCACUGCCACCGGUGCCCUGUGGGUGAACGAGAGAAAGCGAGGGGCACAAGGGAGCAGGCGAGGUCUCGGCCUGAAUUGAUCGCGGCACCAGCUUCCAAAUUUCUAGGCCAGCAAGCGCAUCACAUCGAAGCAGAGAGAAGUCCAUCCAUCUCGCGUACUCCAACUCACCACCAAUUCCGAGCCCGGCCAGCUUGGAGCAGAGCCACCAAAGGUCACGAGCGCAAAAGACGGCGACGAUGUCGGCAGAUUACAGACACCGCAUGCAUGCAAUACAGGCAGCACGCCAGUGUUGGUGAGGGAUCAGGAUUCGGUUGGGGCGGCUAACGGGAUCGAUACAACAAUAGCGGACGAGCAGGCGAUACUCCUCGACGACCAGAGUCCACAGGGUCCCCGAGUACCGAGUGAGCGCGCGUCCAGGAGCGGCAGCAAUAGCAAGGAAGAGUGCGAACAGGAGGCACGACGAGGGCGCAUAUGCACAACAGGAGCUAGAGCCGCUUACGAUCAUCGCGGAUCGCAAUCGUGUUGAGAAUCGUCAUCGGUUUUCGUUCCACCUUCGCGUACCUUUAGCUGCUCGGGAGGAUGCUUAGCUCCACGACGAAGCACCUGCUGCACUGCGGCCUGCUGCUGUCGAUGCUGCUCGUGUUCGAGCUGCUCUCCGGUGGCAUCAAGGUGAACGAGAACUCGUUCGUGGCGGUCGACCCGUGGGCCGAGUACGGCACAGUGGCCACCAUUGUCCUGUACCUGCUGCGGCUGCUCACCUUUCUCACGCUGCCCCAGGUGCUGUUCAACUUUUUCGGCCUCACACUGUACAACGCGUUCCCGGAGAAGGUGGUGCUGAAAGGUUCCCCACUGCUAGCACCGUUCAUCUGCAUCCGUGUAGUGACGCGCGGCGACUAUGCCGAACUGGUGCAGUCGAACGUGCUGCGCAACAUGAACACCUGCCUGGACACGGGACUGGAGAACUUCCUGAUCGAGGUGGUGACAGAUAAACCGAUCGGGCUGCCGAAGCAUCGCCGGACGCGAGAGAUUGUGGUGCCGCGCGAGUACCAGACCGCCAGUGGCGCUAUGUUUAAGGCCCGCGCCCUCCAGUACUGCCUCGAGGAUCGCGUCAACGUGCUGAACAGCAACGACUGGGUAGUGCAUCUGGACGAGGAAACGCUGCUGACGGAGAACAGUGUGCGCGGCAUCAUCAACUUCGUGCUGGACGGCAAGCACCCGUUCGGGCAGGGUCUCAUCACCUACGCCAACGAGAACGUGGUUAACUGGCUGACGACGCUGGCCGACAGCUUCCGAGUGGCGGACGAUAUGGGCAAGCUGCGCCUCCAAUUUAAGCUGUUCCACAAGCCGUUCUUCAGCUGGAAGGGUAGCUACGUCGUGACUCAGCUCCAUGCCGAGCGUACUGUCUCGUUUGACAACGGCAUUGACGGAUCCGUGGCCGAGGAUUGCUUCUUCGCGAUGCGCGCGUUCGCCGAGGGCUACACAUUCGACUUCAUCGAGGGUGAGAUGUACGAGAAGUCGCCGUUCACCCUGGUCGACUUCUUGCAGCAACGCAAGCGCUGGCUGCAGGGCAUCCUGCUAGUCGUUCGCUCGCCGGUCAUCCCGCUGCGCAACAAGCUGCUGCUCGGCAUCAGCCUCUGCUCGUGGAUCACGAUGCCGCUCUCCACCUCCAACAUGGUGUUUGCCGCGCUCUACCCGAUCCCCUGCCCGAACCUGAUCGACUUCGUUUGCGGCUUUAUCGCGGGCUUCAACAUCUACAUGUACGUGUUCGGGGUGAUCAAAUCGUUCUCCCUUUACCGGUCGGGCGUCGUCAAGUUCCUGGCCUGUGUGAUCGGUGCCCUCUGCACCAUCCCGAUUAACGUGGUCAUCGAGAACGUGGCCGUCAUCUGGGGGCUCAUCGGCAAGAAGAACAAGUUCUACGUCGUACAGAAGGUCGUCACGACCGGACGUCCGCCGGUCACGGUUUAAGACGUGUUACGGAGAAGAGAAAAAAAAGGCCCUCCACUUCGGGAAAGCCCCUCCCCCCAUUCGGAGAAGUGCUGCCUCGACUGCGCUUACCAUCUCUCUAUUUCUUAAGUCCGUCGCUUAUCGAUUAGCCGUUGGCUCGCGUAAUUUGUUAUUCCUGCGAUUUCUUUCAUUUUGCACGACCUGUGUGCACGGUUCAGCCUUCUCUCCUCACUACGCCAUUUCCAUUUGUUCAUACCGCGCGUGACAAUUAUGCGUCGCUUUCGCACUUAAUAUGAGCACGAUUUGUGUGCGUGCACUUACUCCUAGGUUUAGUUUAUUAGAAUAGUUGGUAGGUAAGGCAAGGUCAGGUCAGUGGCAUAGUGGCAGGCAGACAGAUGACACUUUGUUUUUCGGUUUAGACUUCGACCAUCUCUACACUGGACUGGACAAAAUUCAAAUGUCUUUAGGCCCCGGAACGUUGCAGCCACCGGAACGCCUGUUUCGGUGGGGUUUAUGGACGCACGGAAUGGUACACAUUCGCUUCGACACCGGUGCUGCCAGUACGGCUUCUCGCACGCAAUAGAUCCGUUAGCGAAGUAGACAAUAGUUAAAUGCGAAGCAGAAGGAAAGGGCCGGUUAGAAACGAAGCGUGUUCAUGAAAUUGGGCUUUGAUAUUAAAUAACCAAACACGAACGAAGUGUUUCCUUACGAGGUGGCCCUGUUCGUAUUCGCAAUUAACAGACUGCCGUUCUGUUGUUCGUAACCACGUACUCUCUGCCUCUCCCUCUAUCUCUCUCUCAUUUCAUAUAUGAAAUGUCACCCGUUAUGCUCACUCCUUUCUUGGGUUCGCGUUGCCUCUGCCGUAGGGAUCGCAUGGCAAAGUUGUGUCCAGACAACGGUAAUGCUGGAGAAUUUCCCCGAAAAUCACAUCGCUUAGAGCGAGCCUAAUAUUAAAAUAAUCUCCUUUUUAUAAAGCGUACAUAGGUUGAGAGGUGGGGUUGAUGAGAAAAGGUGAAGCGCAGCACAAAGGUAGGGGUUCUUCGUGGUAAGCUCCGGUUCCGGAAAACAUCAUUUAGAAUAAUGUUCGGCUGCAACCCACACUCACACUCGCAGUGUAUCCGCUCGUUCGUGCUACACCAAAGGACAUUCUUUUCGUCAUUCGUCUCGAUUUCAAAUUAAGAAAUUAUAAAAGAAAGAAAACAAAAUGAAGCAAAUGGAAUCUGAAAAUGGA